UUUCUUUCCAUUUCCAGUGGCGAUUACUACACUGGAGAUUGAUUGAUUAGGCGCGCCCCCUUUCCCUUCCUUCCGCUCCAGCCACCCUUUAGAACCCUCUCGAACCUUCUUCUUCCCUUCCCCUUCCCAUUCCGCCGCCCGCCGGGCGCCGGCCGACGAGGCCCCGCAGGCCACAGGAGGCCUUCCCUCCUCCACCGUGUUGCCGAACCCAACCAAGCCCUCUGUCGGCAAAGGCGGCGGCUUGCACCGACAGGCACCGGCGCCGAACGGCGGCGCGAUGAAGUACCCGCCGCGGCGCGCCGCCUCGUGCGGCGGCUACCUGGCGGCCGUGGUGGCGCUCAUCCUCCUAGCCGCCCUCCAGAUCCAGUACCACCACCUCAAGGUGGAUCUUGGGAAGGCCGACUUCGCCACGGCCACGACGCAGCAGCAGCAGCGGGGUCAUCGCAGGGCCGGUCGCUGGACCAGGAGGAGCACCGGCGCCGAGGGACUGCCGCGGGGCAUCGUCCAGUCCAGCUCCGACAUGUACCUCCGCCCGCUCUGGGACUCCACCAGGGCCACCACCGACAACAAGAAUAAGAACGAUAGAUACAAAGCUCUGUUGGCAAUGGCCGUCGGGAUUUCGCAGAUGCAAAAUAUCGACAUUAUGGCUCGUAAGUUCCUGAAUGAGAGCUACACGGUUAUGCUAUUCCAUUAUGAUGGAAAUGUUGAUGGAUGGCGUAGUCUUGAGUGGAGUGACAAGGCCAUACACAUAGUUGCUCCAAACCAAACCAAAUGGUGGUUCGCUAAGCGUUUUCUGCAUCCUAAUGUUGUGGCUAUCUACGAUUUCAUCUUUUUAUGGGACGAAGACCUUGGAGUGGAGAAAUUUGAUCCAAAAAGGUAUCUUGAUAUAAUGGUUUCUGAAGGCUUAGAAAUCACACAACCUGCUUUGGACCCUGAUCUAUCAACAGAUAUUCACCACCGGAUCACAAUCCGCAACAAGAUGACAAAAGUGCAUAGGAGAGUAUAUGACAACCGUUCAAGCAUGAACUGUUCUGACGAUAGUAAAGGACCUCCAUGUACAGGGUGGGUUGAGGGCAUGGCACCAGUUUUUUCCCGUGCUGCCUGGAAAUGUGUAUGGCAUCUAAUACAGAAUGACCUGAUUCAUGGAUGGGGCCUUGACAUGAAGCUUGGUUAUUGCGCUCAGGGUGAUCGGGCUGAGAAGGUUGGUGUAAUUGACAGUGAGUAUGUUGUCCAUCAAGGGAUACCAUCAUUAGGAGGACCGUCACAUACCAGCAAGAUACCUCGGAGAUCUUUGGAUUUACGGACACAGAUUAGAAGACAAUCGUCAGCUGAGCUAGAAAAGUUCAAAGAACGGUGGAAUAAAGCUGCAAGGGAAGAUGAUGAGUGGAUGGAUCCUUUUGAAGCUUGAUUACUUUAGGAAGAAGGAUCUGAGACGGAAGAUACAAGACAAGGCCCGCAGGUCCCGAGUGAGCCUGCCCAGAUUCAUUACGGUAAUUAGGCUCGAUGAGAUAUCACGUUACAGGAAAACUUGUGGGCCUCAUAGGAAAAAAAGUUAGUUAUAGCCAUAUAUAGGCAUUUUGCUGACUUACACACAAGACUCUGUCCUCGAGAGCUAAAAAGAACAACUGGGAAUGGCGUCGAUCAUCAAUACAAGGAGCAACUGAGCAAGAAGUCAAACUAACCAGUACGUGACCAACACAAAAAUUCUUGUAACUAAUUCAGUUCUCCAUUUCACCGGGGUUGUAUAGUAACAUGACAUACAUAUUUGUGCAGUUAUUUUAAUCGUAAGUUAUGAAAGAAAGAAAAAAACGGUUUUGUCUCCUA